ACAGCAAACAAAACUUGAACUGAACCCAAAGGUGCAGAAAUACUGAAAUUCAAUUAAAUUUUGGAACAAAAGCAAACGCUGUACGAGGACUAACUAACUAUUGCCGUAAGGAGUAAAUGGCAAAUUUUGUGAUUUCUGAAUAAACCGCAAAUGAAAGUAGCGGAAGCACAAAUUAUACGGUGUGUGAACUAACCACAUUGCUAGAAAGAACUCCUUAUGCAGACGAGUAUCACAUAUGCAGCCAAGCGGGUGCGUUGGUGUGCAUAGCCAUACAAAACAUAUUGCAGGCGGAGAAGCAACGAGGUGGCAAAGAGUUGUUCGUUUUUAUACUUGAGAGCGUAUAUAUACUUUUGGGUUACCAAGUUUGAAUGCAAGCACACAACGUACAUACGUAUGUAUGUAUGUAUGUAUGUAUGUAGAUAAAUGUUUAUUUACAAAAUGAGGAAAGCUCGCAUUUCAAGUUAGUAAAAAAGCCAGUAUUUGAAUUUCGGAAGUGCAAAGCCAAAAAGUAACUUUGAUUGUUGUGCGACUUUUUGUUAAGUACAAGUAUUGUGGUUGUGGCAGAAGAGCUGAGAUGAAGAUAAAGGCAGUGCCGUAUGCUGUAUAUGAGUACAAAGUACAUAUAUGAUGGAACGGCGAGAGAGCAAAUGAAGUAAGUUUGUAGAGCAAAUUGCCUUCUAGCAGUAGCAGGAAUCACAAAUAUAAACUGUGCUACAUACAGAUGUAUAAAUGUAAUAUGAAAGUCAGAGAGGCGUACAGGGCGUAUGUGAAACUUAAUACAGAAAGUGAAGAAGCAUGUACUUGAAAGAGAUAUGCAUGUAUGUAUGUGUGAUUAUGAAAAUUCAAAGCCCUUUGGCAAUGCGAAGUAUCUCCAGCAAACAUGAACAUAAUAAAAUAUGUGUAACUUUACCUGAGCCACUGGUGUGCAAAAUUUAAUAACGACAGUUGAAAUAACGAGCUAAAAAUAACAAAAACAAAGUAAUACUUCCACACACACACACACGCCAACCGGCAUACACCCCCACGUUCAUCGGCCGACGCGCCUAUUUAUCCACAAAUUGUGCACAGUAUGGAGCAAUUUAUGCGCGAAUAUGCCGUGCGGAGCAUCCUGCCACAUCUGCACACCUCCGGUGGCGGUGCGGUGCAGCGUUACGUACGCUAUGCAUUAAACUCGGCUAUCGCGAAUAGCCGCAGUAGCAGCAGCAGCGGCAACGACAGCCUACUCACCGCCGGCGAACUGGACGCCUACAGUGCCGAGAGCAGCAGCGACUAUUACUUUAUCACAUCAGCAUCCGAUGCCCAGCAAUUGCAUAACGACAGUGAAAGUGUCAUAGCUGCAGCGCCCGUGACAUCCGCUGAACUUAUGUCGCAGCGGCUGACCUACAACGAAAGCAGCAAUGAUGCCGCCGCCGGAAGCCCAUCCGUACUGGUCUUAUCAUCGGUCAAAAUGACAAUGAAAAAUGUAGUCAAUUUUGCUAGCACCACAGCUUCAGCGGCAGCGGCAGCGGCAUCUACAGCCAUAGAUGCAGCCACAGACGUGGAGUUUGAUGAGGCGUAUGGCUUUGACGAUAUUAAUAUAACCAGCAUUAUCUGUGAUGAUGAUACAGCGCAGAAUAGCACCGAGGAGGUAUCGGCGCUGUCGACUGUCUACUUUAAAACCGCCGUCUAUCUGAUGUACAUUCCGAUUUUUGUGUUUGCGCUGCUGGGAAAUGGUACUGUGUGCUAUAUUGUGCAGUCGACACCACGCAUGCGCACCGUUACAAAUUAUUUCAUAGCCAAUUUGGCUGUGGGUGAUAUACUGAUGUCGCUAUUUUGCGUGCCCUUUUCGUUUGUUUCGAUUUUCAUUUUGAAUCAUUGGCCUUUCGGCACAGUGCUGUGCAAUCUGGUCAAUUACUCACAGGCGGUGUCUGUGCUGGUGAGCGCUUAUACGUUGGUCGCAAUUAGUAUCGAUCGAUAUAUUGCGAUAAUGUGGCCGCUGCGACCGCGAAUAACGAAAAGGCUUGCAAAGUUCAUCAUAGCUGGAGUUUGGUUCAUUGCCUUGGCCACGGCGGUGCCCAUACUCAUCGUAUCCAAGUUGACACAGCCGGAGCGCUGGUUUGUCGAGUGUCAGCGAUACAUUUGUCGCGAGGAGUGGCCGUCCAAUGAACAAAACUACUACUACACUUUGGCGCUGCUAACACUGCAGUUCCUCGUCCCUUUGACCGUGCUCGUCUUCACCUACACACGCAUCGCCUGCGCCGUUUGGGGCAAACGACCGCCUGGCGAGGCAGAGAACUCACGCGAUCAACGGAUGGCACGCUCAAAGCGAAAGGUCAUUGAGCGCACCUCAGCUACCGCGACUAUCCUCGACCGCCUACCAUCAAUUGGCCAGCAGGCAUUGCUUGCCUACUUUGCGUUUACUGCGCGCGGCGUUGUUGUUGCUGCCAGCUCAGCGAUAUGGCAAAUCAGCGAAUCUUCACGUUUGCAUGCGAAGUGUGACAACUUGAAAGCCGUAAAUCCGCAUUGCAGCUUUGCCAACAACAGCCGCAUCUCCCCCACUACUACCACCUUCCGCACACAAACUGGUACCGCAGUCGAAGCCGCAAGACAGAAAAUUGCGUGUGGCAAACGAUG